UUUUUUUUUUUUUUUUUUUUUACUUAUAAUAUAUUCUCAUAUAUUUGGUGCAAAUUAAAAAUUUGCUAUUACAGAAUAAUCCUAUAUAGCAUUCAAAAGUGGCAACAAAAGUUUGCCCUUCAUUUUCCGAAAGAAAUAGUGUGUGCCUUUGAUUAUGCCUGCUCAAGUUAUGGCUGGAGAAAAGACAUUAUGGACUGCUCCUUUUGAUCCACGCUUUCCAAAUACUAAUCAAACUAAGAAUUGCUGGCAAAACUAUAUAGAUUAUCAUCGCUGUCUAAAAGUAAAAGGAGAGGACUAUUCACCUUGUGAAUAUUAUAAAAGAGUCUACAAUUCAUUAUGUCCCAAUGCUUGGACCGAAAAGUGGGACGAACAACGGGCAGAAGGAAGAUUUCCUGGUAAAAUAUGAAAACUGGUGCAAAUAUUUAGUUUAAAUAUUUGUAUUUACAGCAUAAAAAACAUAAGAUGUCUAAUUAUUUUGUAGAAUAAAAAAAGUUCUUCAUGUGAAGUCUUUAAAUUCAAAAGUA